AUGCCCUCCAGCAACUCACCAUACUUUCUUAUUCCUGAUGUUGAAUGUGUGUACAGAAUUCAGCCUGAUAGCCUUAUACUCAACUUUGGCAGCCUGUGGAUUGAAGUGUUGGUUCCAGGGAUUGAUGCUGCACUGGGUGACUGCAUGUUUGUGCUGCUGGCUCUUGCUGACGUUGACAUUGGAUUUACACUGUGCAAUGACAAGGCCGGUCUCACAGCUUUGUGUGGAUUGACGUUCAGAAUUGUCCAGCGUUUGACCUACUGUGGUAGGCUGUCCUAUAAUACAGCCUCUAACAAAACUAGGCUGUCCCGAAUCCCUGGUAAUAGAAUCAUUUACCUUUAUACCAAGAAGGUUGGGAAAGCACCAAAAUCUGCAUGUGGCGUGUGCCCAGGCCGACUUCGAGGAGUUCGUGCUGUGAGACCUAAAGUCCUUAUGAGGUUGUCCAAAACGAAAAAACACGCCAGCAGGGCCUGUGGUGGUUCCAUGUGUGCUAAGUGUGUUCGUGACAGGAUCAAGCGUGCUUUCCUUAUUGAGGAGCAGAAAAUUGUUGUGAAAGUGUUGAAGGCCCAAGCACAGAGUCAGAAAGCUAAAUAAAAAAAUGAAGCUUUUUUGAGUAAUAAAACAA